AAAAAUACAACCACCUUCUUUCGUUUGCUUGGGCAAGAAGCCAUGGCCACCUCUGAUGAAGUGAAGUUAAUUGGUUUGUGGGCAAGCUUCUAUUGUGUAAGAAUUGAGGUUGCCCUAAAGCUCAAAGACAUAGCCUAUGAAUACAUUGAGGAAGACCUGAUCAAUAAGAGCCCUCUUCUCUUACAAAUGAACCCAAUCCACAAGAAGGUACCUGUGUUUUUGCAUAAUGGAAAGCCUAUAGUUGACUCACUUAUUAUUCUUGAAUACAUUGAUGAAAUAUGGCCGAAUUUGCCGUUCAUGCCGAAAGAUCCUUAUGAGAGAGCUCUGCUUCGAUUUUGGGCGAAUUUCUUCGAUACAAAGUUAUCAGGUAGAACGAUUUUCAUCACCCAGGGUGGAGAACAAGAGGAGGGAGUUGCAGAGUUUAAGGAGAACCUCAACAUACUUGAAAAUGGCCUUAAAAAAUAUUUUGGCAACAAGAAGCUCUUCUUUAAUGGUGAAAACCCUGGUUAUCUCGAGGUGGUCAUUGGUUCGGCGUUUGGCUGGAUCAAAUUCCUGGAAGAGAUAUCAGGAGCAAAGUUGAUAGACCAAGAAAACACCCCAUUCUUAUUUUCAUGGCUCUCUGAUUUUUGUGAAUUUGGGGUGGUGAAGGAAGCUCUGCCUAAUCAAGCUAAGCUGGUCGCCUUUGCCAAGAAGAGGAGAGAGAUGUUCCUCGAAUUAGCUCCACACCAAUAGAGAGAGAGAGAGAUUUUAAAAAUAAAAAGAAUAGAGGUAGAAAAUGAUGGUAUUUCGGUGUUUCUCUUGUUAUGGGUUGAAUGUGUAGUCUAUUCUCAAAAUAACAGACCUUUGGAUUUGGUUUCAGCUGCCUAAGCAAUCCAAACUUGAGAGAGAAACUAUGAAUUAUCAUGUAAUAAAUAUGAUUACCUUGGCUGUCCGAUUAUUGAAUGAAAAUUUUCUUCCGAUUAUUGAAUGAAAAUUUUCUUUGGA